AUGCUGUUCAAGUCACCCUCCCGUUCCACUGCUACGGCGCCAAAUCCGCAUUGGCCAGCCCCAGAAUCGCUGCCUGUCUUCCUGGAUAAGACUUUGGCUCCGACCCAGAGGCACAGGAAAGGACAAUUGAAAGAGCAGAGGAACAGAGGCAGACUCGACUUGCGAGGUCGCACUACCGCCGCCACAGCACCACACGGCACCAGCCCACCAGCCGCAAGCCAGACUCCAAUCGCUGGAAAGCCGGUAGAACACCUUGAGAGAGUCGGGCCUGUCGCAAGGACGACACGGCUUCCCUACCUCGCCGUCUCUCGUCUGUACAAAGUGGCUGCGCCGCGCGAACCUUGCCAUCUUGAACAGUUUUGUGUGGAGAGAAACCGGACUGCACGCCAACCCCAUGAUCCCAGCGAGUCGACCACUUUGCACAAGGUGAUGACCGGCUGCAUGACGCAACAACUGGACGAGAUCUUUGGAGAGCUGGGUAUCUCCCAAUACCUGGAUACCUUCAUUGAUCAAGGGUUCGACUCGUGGGAGACGAUUUUGGACAUCACCGAGUCCGACCUACCAGAUGCACUGGCCAAGGUCCCCGAGGCUCGUGAUGCGCCCGCUGCGGUCGUCACAAAGCGCAAGUACCGGCGCCACCCCAAGCCGGACGAGAACGCACCAGAACGGCCUCCAUCGGCUUAUGUCUUGUUUUCCAACAAAAUGCGAGAUGAUCUCAAAGGUCAAAACCUGACAUUCACAGAGAUCGCCAAGCUUGUCGGAGAGAAUUGGCAGAAUCUCUCUCAGUCUGAAAAGGAGCCUUUUGAGACACAAGCCCAGGUCGCAAAGGAAAAGUAUAAUCAGGAUUUGACCGAAUACAAGAAGACUCCCGAGUACAAAAAGUACAUGGUCUACUUGCAAGAGUUCAAGGCCAAGCACGCAGGUUCGUCACAAGAUUUGCAUAUGACCGCACCUUCUGGUCUUCCCCCUCCGCCGAAUACCCAGCUCACAUUUCCCUUAGAGAAAGAUGCGUCCAAACGGGUAAAGCUCUCAGAAGCGAACGGGACAGCCUUGAACGGGACAGCGUUGCGUGCGGCCCUUAGCUCUGCGGCGAGUGAAGCCACACCUCCUACACGACAACAGAGGGUUGGGUCCAUGGCCGAGUCGGUUUAUUCGACAUCAGAGGCUCACAAUUCUCGUCAAGCCUCGGUUGAUGACCUCGUAACCUCGCCACAGCCCCAUCCAUCAGAACGAUCCCCUACCUUCAGCGCCAGCCCUCGUGCGAUACCGCCACGGCAACCCUCCCGCCGGAGUACGUGGGACGAAGUCCAUCGGGGAGAACCUUCUGGAACCCACCGGCACCUACCAUCCUUCUCGGAUAUCUUCGACUCUCGCAGUCCAGUCGGCGGGCUGAGUCAGUCUCAUGAGCUCAAUGGGGCGAGUCCUUUGUCACACCAGAACAGCAACGGCAGCCCCGGCCCGCCCCCUGGCUUGGUGGGGGGCCUAUCUCGCCCGCCUUCUCUUAGGAAGGAGUACUCGUCUGCUGGGAGUGUCUCGUCUGGCGGGUCUCAUAGCUAUCCGCGGACGCCAAUCGAUGGCUCGCUGCCCAUCCACACCUUGCUCCAAGGCAAGCCUGGGCUGCCGUAUGACGCGGCGCAUACCCCGUAUAGCCAGGCAAGCCUCCCAUCAGGUGACUCCAAGUAUCCCUUCCCCCACAUCCGGCAGGACGGGACUCCGAGCGAUGUAUCAUCCAGCGGUUCCUCCAGUCUCAACCCGACUGGCACUGGUGAGUAUUCUCAACGUCGACACAAACCAUGCCAACCUCUCUGCGUCCUGACUGACUGGAAAGAAAGGCUAUUUUUCACCGCCGCCCCCUUCCAGCAACCACACUCCUGGGCCACACCUCCCAUCUCCGGAAGAGGUCAAAAUUAUGCCGCCCCGCUCAUCUCUGAACGGUAG